GUCAUGCAUAUGUCAGUGUCAAUCGAGUCAACGCCCUCGUUCGGGCGUGUCAAGCAAGUUGUAUUGCUAAAAAUCUAAAAUAAACUAAAAUAAUUUUAAAAUAACAAAUAAUUAGAUUCAAAUAAAUAUAAACAGGAACAAUGGACGAUCAAGGAAGAAAAGUGAUCGUUUGCGAUAACGGCACUGGUUUCGUGAAAUGUGGCUAUGCGGGGAGCAAUUUCCCUGCUUUCAUAUUCCCGUCAAUGGUAGGCAGGCCAAUCAUUCGGGCGGAGAAUAAAAUUGGUGAUAUUGAUGUCAAGGAUUUGAUGGUAGGGGAUGAGGCUUCCCAACUAAGAUCUAUGCUGGAAGUCAGCUAUCCCAUGGAGAAUGGAGUGGUACGAAAUUGGGAAGAUAUGUGCCACGUUUGGGACUAUACUUUUGGUCCCAGCAAGAUGAAUGUGGACCCAAAAGAGACCAAAAUCCUGUUAACCGAGCCACCGAUGAACCCCACCAAAAACAGGGAGAAAAUGAUUGAGGUUAUGUUUGAAAAGUACGGGUUCGACAGUGCCUACAUUGCCAUUCAAGCUGUGUUGACUCUCUACGCCCAAGGACUGAUAUCUGGAGUUGUCGUUGAUUCAGGCGACGGUGUGACCCAUAUAUGUCCAGUAUAUGAAGAAUUUGCUUUGCCGCACCUAACGAGGAGAUUAGAUAUUGCGGGUCGGGAUAUCACUAGAUAUCUCAUCAAGUUGCUCCUUCUGCGCGGUUACGCUUUCAAUCACUCGGCCGAUUUUGAGACAGUUCGAAUGAUGAAAGAGAAACUAUGUUAUAUCGGUUAUAAUAUAGAACAAGAGCAGAAGCUUGCGUGGGAGACCACGGUGCUUGUUGAACCUUAUGUGCUCCCAGAUGGCCGAGUGAUCAAAGUGGGCGGCGAGAGAUUCGAAGCGCCCGAGGCUCUGUUCCAGCCGCACCUCAUAAACGUGGAGGGCCAGGGCAUAGCUGAGCUAGUCUUCAACACUAUACAGGCGGCCGACAUAGACAUGCGCAAUGAACUAUACAAGCAUAUCGUGCUUUCCGGGGGCUCCACUAUGUACCCGGGGCUCCCUUCGCGGCUGGAGCGGGAAAUCAAACAGUUGUACCUGGAACGAGUGCUGAGAAACGAUUGUGAUAAAUUAGCGAAAUUCAAGAUACGCAUAGAGGAUCCGCCGCGCCGCAAGGACAUGGUGUUCAUCGGCGGCGCCGUGCUGGCGGAGGUCUGCAAGAACCGGGACAACUUCUGGCUCUCCAGGGCCGAGUACCAGGAGCAGGGUCUUUCCUGCCUAAGAAAGUUAGGUCCCAGGGCUAGUUAAAUCCAAUUGUAAAUCGUAAUUUACUUUUUAAGCGCAAUGUAAUGACUAUAAAGACUAAUAUACUAUGGCAUUUUUUUUUAAAAUAUAUUUUUGUUUAUAUUAAGUUGAUUUUAAUAUUUACUGUUAAAAUCUUAGUAUUAAAUAGACAAAAAAAUAUGAUAUGAUAAUUUCAAAUUGUAUAAUUUUGUAUGAGUGUGUAUGGUAAACUUGUGAACGGAUGAUAAUAAAUAUUUCUUGAUUUA